ACGAGAGCGUGUUUUGCUGCAUGUUCAAUAUAUUACGACUUUUGCAUAUUAAAUAUUGCCUUGUUUGUUGUGAGUUGCGAUAGUUUUAAUGCGAUAAUGACGGAAAGGAACGACACGCUAAGCUCAACUCAUCGGACUGACCCAAUCGAAGAUACGGAUGCUAAUAAGCAGGAAAUACCCAGUGAACAGUAUAACUCAACAGAUAUCUACUAUCGGUGUCGCUCUCCAAGCUGCUCUGACGACGAUGACGAGGAGGAUGAUCCAUAUCAGGAAUGUUUUAUGAAUGCCUGGCGAUCAGCGCCCGCCACCUCCGAUGAAGAGGACGACGAACCGGUUGUCGAGUUUAACCAAUUGCUACAUCCCGACGCUAAACCAUUUUCACUCAUGGACGAUUCGGAUCUAUGGGACUAUAUGGACGAAAGUGAACUCAAAGAGCGACUUAAGAACCAGCCCCGGUUGCUGGAAGAAAUAACACGUAAACGAAAGCGCCGGAUGCUGGACGACGAAUGCAAGCCGGAUGAUGAUGAUCUGAGUGAAGUGCUGGAUAGGUUUGUAAAGUAUGUCCGCACGGAGUCAACAAACACACACGACGAUUGGGAGAACACUUCGGGAUGUUAGAAAUCUGACUUAGAGACCUGAGAAACUGGCCGAUGGUGAUGGAUGGUAGGGGAAUCGAUAAUGUUAAGACGAAAUACUUUUAUUAUGCAACGAAGACUGUGACUGUUAUUGAUACAUUUUGUUUUAGUCUAGCCUAAGACUAGCUAAGUCUUCCUUGGCAAUGAUAUAGAGAUUUCAGAUAUGCCAUAAUUCUCUAUUUUUGUGAUGGAUUAUUCUAUUUUGAACGGACUGAAAUGAACUUUUAUUUGAAUAAAAAUGAGUGCUCUG